AAAAAAAACCCGUAAAAGUACCACUUUCCCCAUUGCACGUUAGCCUUCGCCUUCUUCCUCAGGCAUCAUGGGAAGUGUAAGCCGCGCCGUGGCUCAAGGCGUCAGAGACAAGACGAGAACUACAUCUCCCAGGCAUGACCCGAAGGAGGAGCAGCGUUGACGCAGGCGUGGUAGAGUGCGGACGGAAAAAGGGGGGCGUGGCCUCGCAGUCUUGUCUCUCGCUCUCUGGCGGACAGGGAGUGAGCGAGCGAGCGAGCGAGAGGGAAGAAGAGUGUCGCUGUGCGCGCGUCUUUCGGGGGCGGUCGCCAUUUAGCGCGGCCAGUUUUCCCCUCACUCGGGAGAGGUGGCAGCGAAGAGGCCCAUCCCCCACUCUCCUCACGAGUGGGAGGGAAGGACGGACGUGUGAAGAAGCCCCGGCGGCAGGCAGGCAGGCAGGCAGGCGCGGCGCCCCUCCUGGGUGAUUUCUCUGCCUUUCCUCCCACUCCCUCAGGCCAGGCGAGUCUCGGAGCGGAGGGUGGCCUUCUUCUCUUCGGGCUGAAAGCGAAGCCCCUCAGGAGGGGCGGCGGCGGGCGUCCCGGCAUCGCGUGAGGGAACGAACGGAAGAAGGGAAGAGGUCUCGGCGGCGAGGAACGGGCCGGGGAGGAGCCUAAGCGAGCGGCUCAGCCGGACUUCAACGGAGGCAAGGAGCUGGGCGAGACGGAACGCGCGCGGCCGCGACAGCCACGGGCCUGCCCUUACCGCGCACCCCACCCCGCUGGUCCGGGGCCUGCCGAAGGCUCCUUCCCGGCCUCUUCCCUCCUCUGACUCCCCCACCCCACCUCCGCUGCUGCUCCUCCAUGUCGGCCCUGCUGUUCGGCUCCCCGCUGCAGCAGGAUGGAUGCGGACACUGACUGGGGAACCACCCCGCCUCCGCCGGCCCAGCCCGCUCCACGAGUCGCCUCGCCGCCGUCUUCGCUCCACGCCGCCCGGAGAUUCCGGGAGCCGCCUUUGCAGCAGCAGCAGCAGCAGCACAACCAAGAACCGCCGCUUCUGCCGCCUUCCGAGCAGCUCUUGGGCGCGCUCGCCGCCUCGCCUUGACUGCCCUCGCGUCAGCUGCUGCAGCGGCAACUGCUGCGCGCCCUCCUGCGCCUCCCCUUCGACAUCAUGUCAGCGGGCGCUCCGGAGAGCGGUGCGGCGGCGGCUGCUGCUCCUGCUCCUCGCUUCCUCGCCCCGCCGCCUCCCCCGCCCAAGAACGGCUCGAGUUCGGACAGCUCCGUCGGCGAGAAGCUCGGGGUGGCCGCUGCGGGGACGUCGUCCGCCACGGGAGAUCCCGAAGGUUCGGAAGGGGCUAGUAAUUGCCGUAGCGAGGAAUACCGGCGACGCCGGCAUACCAUGGACAAGGACAGCCGGGGUGCGGCGGCCACGGAACACCGCUUUUUCCGCCGGAGCGUCAUUUGCGAUUCGAAUGCGACCGCUCUGGACCUUCCGCGGCUGCAGCCCGCGGCGCCUCCCCCGGCUGCUACCGCCGCCGCCGCCGCUGCUCGAGGGAGCAUCCCGCCCGUGUUGGGCUCUCCUCCCGAGUCCGUCAUCCAGGCAACCGGCGCUUCUGUCACCUCCAGCCAGGCCUCCGCGUUGCUACUACAGCCGCCCGCACCUCUGCCUCCAGCCGCAGAAGUGCCGUCUGGUCCAGAGCUCUUGGUAGCGAAGGAGGUUGCCCCCUUAUUAACCAAGGAGGAAGGGACUGAAGCCGCUCCACUGCCCCCUACCAGCGCGGCAGGAAGCGUUACCGCUUCAGCCCGGGAGCUGCAGGAAGAGCGGAGUAAGCAGCAAGAAGAUAUCGAAGAGCUGGAGACCAAAGCGGUGGCUUUCUCCCCAGAUGGUCGUUUUUUGAAGUUUGACAUUGAGAUUGGCCGAGGCUCCUUCAAGACUGUCUACAAGGGACUAGACACUGAGACCACAGUGGAGGUUGCUUGGUGUGAGCUGCAGGAUCGGAAGCUGUCCAAAUCAGAAAGACAACGGUUUAAGGAGGAAGCUGAAAUGCUGAAAGGGCUUCAGCAUCCUAAUAUUGUUAGAUUCUAUGAUUCCUGGGAAUCUACAGUCAAGGGAAAGAAAUGUAUUGUUCUGGUUACAGAACUUAUGACAUCUGGCACAUUGAAAACAUAUUUAAAAAGAUUUAAAGUGAUGAAAAUCAAAGUGCUGCGAAGCUGGUGCCGGCAAAUACUCAAAGGUUUACAGUUCUUGCACACACGCACUCCUCCCAUUAUCCAUCGUGAUUUGAAGUGUGACAACAUCUUUAUCACUGGCCCCACAGGAUCAGUCAAGAUAGGAGAUCUGGGCUUGGCAACUUUAAAACGAGCUUCUUUUGCCAAAAGUGUGAUAGGUACCCCAGAGUUCAUGGCACCCGAGAUGUAUGAGGAGAAAUACGAUGAGUCCGUUGAUGUAUAUGCUUUUGGGAUGUGUAUGCUUGAGAUGGCUACAUCUGAAUACCCUUAUUCUGAAUGUCAAAAUGCUGCACAGAUCUACCGUCGAGUGACCAGUGGAGUCAAGCCAGCCAGCUUUGAUAAAGUAGCUAUUCCUGAAGUGAAGGAAAUAAUUGAGGGAUGCAUUCGUCAAAAUAAAGAUGAAAGAUAUGCUAUCAAGGACCUCCUAAAUCAUGCAUUCUUCCAGGAAGAAACUGGUGUGCGGGUAGAAUUGGCGGAGGAAGAUGAUGGAGAGAAAAUUGCUAUUAAGCUCUGGUUACGAAUUGAAGACAUCAAAAAGCUAAAAGGAAAAUACAAGGAUAAUGAAGCAAUAGAAUUUUCUUUUGACUUGGAAAGAGAUGUUCCAGAGGAUGUAGCACAAGAAAUGGUUGAAUCUGGGUAUGUCUGUGAAGGAGAUCACAAAACAAUGGCUAAAGCUAUAAAGGAUAGGGUAUCUUUGAUUAAACGAAAGAGAGAGCAGCGUCAGUUGGUAAGGCAAGAACAGGAGAAAAGAAAGCAAGAAGAAGUCAAUCAGAAGCAGCAGACAGAACAGAAAACACAAACAGGGCCUGCCCAGCAAGGAACAAAACAGGCUGUGCCUACUACUAGUGUCACUGCCAUUCCCACCACUUCAACUUCUGUUUCUACCCAAGUAGAACCUGAGGAGCCCGAGGCAGAUCAGCACCAACAGGUUCAGUUCCAGCAACCCAGUGUUUCUGUAUUAUCUGAUGGCACAGUUGACAGUGGCCAGGGUUCAUCUCUCUUUAGUGAAUCAUGUUUGAGUAGCCAGCAGACAACUUCCUUCACUUCCCAGCAUGAACAGUCUCUUCCAACACUUCCAGCCUCAGGAUAUUCAGUUCCUGUUGUCCAGCCGCAAUCACAACAGCCUGGAGGAUACCAGACCUCUACAGUGAUGCAAGGGCAGCCAUCUUCAAAUGAAUCAUCAGUGAGCGCAUCAUCACAACUUUUACAGCAAAAUCAAUUGACUACCCAACAGCCAACCACCUCUCAGCAGACUGGGCAAUACCAAGUUCCACAGCCAUCAGCUUCCACUGGAGCUGCUCCAAUACAGCCAGUAACACAACAAGCACAAGUAAUGCCUAUGCCUCAGGUACCUGCUGGAACACAGCUUCCUGUUUCUCAAACAGUGCCGAUCAUCCAGGGUGAAUCACAGUUACCUAUGGGAGCACCUUCCCUUGCUCAGUCUUCAGCUGCCCCAGUCAUGUCUCAUUUCGUCCCAGUUGGACAGCCCAUACAACCACCACUUCUUCCACAGUUCUCGGCCUCUCAGAUGCCCAUGCCAGCACCUCAUGUGUCUGUGGCUCAGCCGUGCUUCCCAUCUCUAUCCAUUUCUAUGGCAGCUGGCAUUAACCAGCCAUUGCUUACUCUGGCAACAUCUGCUGCAGCAACUGCUAUUCCUGUGGGCUCAACAGUUGUCCCUAGCCAGCUUCCAACUCUCUUGCAGCCUGUGGCUCAGCUCUCCAGCCAGGUGCUCCCACAACAUCUUCAGCCAGGUGUUCAAUCCAUGGGAUUGCCUUCUACUCUGGGACAAACUGCUGAAGUUCCACUUCCAGCUACAGAUGCUCUGUACCAGCAGAAUGUGAUGCCAAUGUGGAAACCUUGUUGCCCCUGGCUGUGCUGUUGGGAAGGUACAACUCCUGGCAUCACACAGAUUGCACCUCCAGAGCCUCAGCCUUCAAUACAGCAGCAACCUUCACAAUCAACUCCAUUAGUUUCUUCAAUAGACAGUGUUCAUUCAGAUGUUGCCUCAGGCUUAAGUGAUUGCAAUGAAAAUGUUUCAGCAUCUAGUGGUAGACAUGAAGGGAGGACUACAAAGCGGCAUUAUCGUAAAUCAGUACGCAGCCGCUCUCGUCAUGAGAAAUCUACACGUCCCAAACUGAGAAUUCUUAAUGUUUCAAAUAAAGGUGAUCGGGUUGUGGAAUGUCAGCUAGAAACACACAACAGAAAAAUGGUUACUUUCAAAUUUGACUUGGAUGGUGACAAUCCAGAGGAAAUAGCUACUAUAAUGGUGCAAAAUGAAUUCAUAUUAGCAAUAGAGAGAGAUUCGUUUGUUGAGCAGGUUCGAGAUAUUAUAGAAAAAGCAGAUGAAAUGCUCAAUGAAGAUCCCAGUAUGGAGGCAGAAGGCGAUCAAAGUAUGGAUGGUAUUCAGAAUCAGAAAUUAGAUGGAGACUUCAAGCAACCGGAUCCUGUUUCUUCCAUGCCACAAAAAAUAGGUGUACCUCCUAAUUCAUUUACUCAGGUAGUCCACUCUGCUGGAAGAAGAUUUAUUGUUAGUCCUGUACCAGAAAGUAGAUUGCGAGAACAGAAAUUUUUCACUUCCAUUCCAUCAGAAUAUGAGCUUUUUGAUUCAAUUGCUUCAGUUGCUUCCACAUCUCAUGGUCCUGGGAUGAAUCUCUCGCAUUCUGCAUCAUCACUUAGUCUGCAGCAAGCUUUCUCAGAUCUCAAGCAUAUGCAGCCCACUGAAGGACCCAGUACAGCUCCCCCAAUUUUUAACCAAGCUAUGCCUCCUUUUCCUACUGUAGCUUCAGGUGCCAAUGGGCUGCCAUCUACAACUGUAACUGCUUCUUCUGCGUCACUUCCUCCCUCCACUAGUAUUUCUUUAUCAGCAACUCAGACCAUAGAAACGGGGCUUCCAGCAAGUGAAGAAUUGUCAGUCCCAAGCUCUCCACCACCAGUGUUGCCUGGGUCACAGUUAACUAGUGGAGUAGCUUUGAGUGUCAGCACACCUUCAUUUUCAUCAACAACUGUAGUCCAGGCAGCUUCUGCUACUGGAGAAAUAGUUACUAGUAUUAGCACGCCUGCUUCUCUGACGUUGCCACAAGCUGCAACCACAGGGCCUAGUGUUACAGUAUCGGGUGUUAUGGCGCCAUCAGUGCCAUCCCAGCAAGUUGGUAGUGCUGUUUCAACAACAUCUCAAACAGUUCCUGUAUCUAUGGCCCAGAGCGUUGUUUCACAGUCUUCUCAGUUGAACACCAGCAUUUCUGUUCCCAGCCUAGCAAAAAUGGUAGUGGUUAGUGUGCUGCAGCCAAGAUCAGAAAGUGAACAGGCAUCAGAAAAUCCACAGUUGUGCCAUACAGGUGAAGUACCUGUGCAUGUUUCUGUACCAAUACUCUCUACAGGAGCUUCAGGUACGUCUAGCAGCAGCUCCCAGCAAUCUGUGGUACAGCCACUACCCGUCCCACCUAUAGUUACCUCAUCUAGCUUCGCAACAUCGUUGGGUGCAGUCUCUACCCCAGUAUUACCCCAGGCCCCUUUGCCUGGUGUCCUACCACUGGCACAGCCAGUAGCUAAUAUACCUGUUGUCCAGCAGACUUUAAUACACAGUCAGCCUCAACCAGCUCCAUUACCCAAUCAACCUCAUACUCAUUGUCUAGAAGGGGAUAUUGACACCCAGCCCAAAGCACCUGGCAUAGAUGACAUAAAAACCCUGGAAGAAAAGCUACGAUCCCUCUUCAGCGAACAUGGUGGAAUUGGAACGGCUCACCCCUCUGUGUCCCUGGAAACAUCUCUAGCAAUGGAGGCCACAGCCAUUCCUGGCUUACCAAGUACUACUGUUGCACCCACAAAGCCUGUGGCAUCCAUCGCAAGUACUAGUAUACCACCACCAAGUUUGGUGCUUGGUCCAACAGGUCUUCCUGUCAUGACACCAGUUGCCACUCCAGGACAAGCAGGCACCCCAAUUAGUUCUGUCUCAGUGACGUGCUGUCCUGCAACAGCAACAACUAAACCAGGGACGCCUCCUUCAAAACCACCUCUUAACCGGGCAUCGGCACUACCAGUAGGUUCUGAACUUCCAACUGGUGCUCUACCCAGUGAGCAGCUGCCACCCUUUCCGGGACCUACACUAACUCAGUCCCAACAACCUCUGGAAGAUCUGGAUGCCCAGUUGAGAAGAACUCUAAGUCCAGAGAUGGUUACAACAACUGCAUGUUCUGUGCCACCUGUGGCAACUUCAGCAAUUACUGGAAUGGUAUCCACCUCAGAACAACCCACAGAUGCUGGUUCUCAGGAUGCAGAGAGCAGUGCCACAAGCAGCACCCCAGGAGCUGCAGUUCUUAAGAUGGGUCGUUUUCAGGUGUCAGUGGCUGUGGAUGAUCAGAAAGACAGCGAAAGUAAACCCAAGCACUUUGAUACAACAACCUCAGAAUCCUCAUCUUUGUCUAGCAGCAGUCCAGAAAGUACUCUCGUGAAGCAAAGCUCCAGUGGGACAGCAGAUAAUAUCCCUGUUACUUCAGUGGAUGCAGUGGAUGGUGCACUCUCUCCCACCGUUCAUUUGCAGCCAACCAAGGUUGGACGCUUCCAGGUGACAACAACGACAGACCAAGUUGGUCGCUUUUCUGUGUCUAGAACUCAAGAUGAGGUAACCUGCCUAGAGAGAGAGGUUCCUGAAGUGGUCCCUUUGUCCAUGGACUCUGAGCAAGUUUCUUCUCCACUUACAACUCCUAAAUCGGAAUUUGCAGAGAGAAGACCAUCUCUGCACCUGAAUGGGCCAUCCUCUGAAUUGGAAGCUGCUUUCCUGAGUGGUGCAGCUAAAGAGUUAGAUGAUGGUUCAGGGAGUCCUGAUUUAAUUCACGUCCCUGCUUCUAAGAUCAGUCUUCCAGUCCAGAGUCUCAGCAACUCAUUUAACUCUUCCUACAUGAGCAGCGAUAAUGAGUCAGACAUAGAAGAUGAAGAUUUGAAGUGUGAGCUCCGUCAACUGCGGGAAAGGCACCUUAAAGAGAUCCAGGAACUUCAGAGUCGUCAAAAGCUGGAGAUUGAACUCCUUUACACAAGAUUGGGCAAAGUACCUCCAGCAGUAAUCAUCCCACCUGCUGCUCCUCUUUCAGGCAGGAGAAGAAGACCUACUAAAGGAAAAAGCAGCAGGUCCAGUCGCAGCAGUUCCCAGGGUAAUAAGAGUCCACAGAUUUUGGGAAACCUUUCUGCUCAGAGUGCCCCUUCAGUUCUACCCCAGCAGCAGACCCUGCACCCUCCUGGUAGCGUCCCUGAAACAGGACAGAACCAUCUGUUACAGCCACUGAAGCCAUCUCCUUCUAGUGAAAAUCUCUAUUCAGCUUUUACUAGUGAUGGGGCCAUUUCUGUUCCAAGCCUUUCUGCACCAGGCCAAGGGAAGAUGGUGAAAAAAGUCUGCCCUUGCAACCAGCUCUGUAGGACCAGCAGUAUAAACACUGUUGGAGGUACAGUAAACAGCCAGGCACCCCAGUCUCAGCCACCUGCCUCUAGUCGGAAAGGAACCUUUACUGAUGAUCUGCACAAACUAGUGGACAACUGGGCUCGUGACGCUAUGAAUCUGUCUGGCAAGAAAGGAGGCAAAGGACAUGGCAAUUACGAGGGUCCAGGAAUGGCAAGGAAGUUCUCCGCACCAAGCCAACUUUGCAUCUCGAUGACAUCCUCUCUUGGUGCUACUCCUGUCUCUGCAGCAUCAGCUACCUCCCUAGGUCACUUCACCAAGGCCAUGUGUCCCCCUCAGCCAUUUGGUUAUCCAACAGUGCCCUUUGUACCCCCCUGGAGCGGGACGGGUGGUCCAGCACAGCAGCCUUUAAACCAGUUCCAGCCUGUAGGAACUGCCUCAUUACAAAGCUUCAACAUCAGCAAUUUACAGAAAUCUAUCAGCAACCCUCCUGGCUCCAAUCUGCGGACCACUUAGUGAUUCCCAGCCACAUUGCUGGGUAGGCCUUUGGGCAGGAGUUGGGGCCUGAAUUAACUGCUAGGCUCUUUGUGCCCAAAAGGGAUGGAUGCCCCCCCUCUAACCAUUGCUCUCUGCACUCAGUAAGUAAAGCCCCCCUUUCAGAAGAUGGGGAGAACGUGAUCAGGAUCCUCUAAGACGGCACAUGCUUCCUCUAAUUCUUGUAUGUGGCAGAAUGUAUAGAGAUGGAAAUCACCAUGCAAGUCAGCAGCCUCUGACUGUAAAAUUCACAUGACUUAAGAGGCUGGAUCCUAUAGGUUGGGAAGAAAGUUGUUAGCCUUCGCAUGAAUCUUGGUAUUCCGUUUGCCUUGUUCCGGAAGAACUAAGCCCAGGGGGCAAAGCUGUCCAUUUUUCCAUCAUCUUGUCUAUUCUUUCCUUCAAAGCAUCACAUCACAGUUCCCGAAUGAGUGAGCACACAGAUGGACAUGCAGAAUAGCCCAUGCUUUGAGAUAAGUCUUUCCUGCUUUCAGGAAAAGAUAUUAACAGCUUUGACAGCAGCAUUAGAGCAAUUUAAAAUGUUUAGAAGAAAAAAAAAUAAUAAUUAAAAGUUCCCUGCGGACAUGUACUUACCAUCAGUUUUGAUGUGGAAACACUGUGAUAUAUAAAUGUUGUUGGACAACAGUAGUUUAAAAAAAAUGAGUGGAGUAUAGAGGGUUAAACAGUCAAAAAAGAAAAAAUGGGAAAAAAGCUAGCUAUAUCCUGAUACUUAUUGGAGACACUUUAACUUUUUUCCUUUUUAUUUUCAUUGUAUUAGAUAAAUGUGAAUGUAUAAUUGUAUAAAUUAAUGUACUUGAAUACUUGUCUGUUCUCCCAGUAUGCUUGCUGGAUAUUUUAGUGCCUUGGACUUUUUAUUGCUUCUGCAGUUAGCAUCACCUGCCCGGCAGACUUUAGACAGACCGAGAGAAUGGAGAGAGGGAGGUUAUUUUGGACAUAGCCACUGAAAUACCAAAGGCCUAAAACAUUGGAUGCUUAUACUGUAACAGUGUCUAGAGUAGGUGUUGGAGGGGAGCUACUGCAGCUGUAUGUUGAAAAGGUAAAGUUAUAGAGAGAUGGGGGAAAAACCAGCAAUGGAUAUUGGUGGAGGGUACAGAAAUGAUGACAUGUUGUGUAACCAGAGUCAAGCUGGGCUGAAUGUGAACAGAGAGAGGUGAGGAGGAGAAAGGCUUGUCUGAAAGGACAGCUCCUAAGGGCAGGCUGACGGAAAGCUACAAAGGGUUUUAGGAGGGUCAACAUGUGUUCAGAAACUGGAGUUUAUCACUCUGGGGAGCAUGAAAGGCUCCUGGGGUUUGCUCUUCAUUGUCUUUAAUUCUACCUAGGAAGGGCAGAAACAGAUAUUCCAUGUUGCGGGUUUCAUUGCCAAGGACAGUUCAAACACUUGAAACACUCAGAAUCAAAAAUAACUUUGUUUUUGUUCAACGUCUAAAGGACUUAAAACUUGGUACCAAGACUGUAACUGUGUUGCCUUCUAGUAGGUGUGCUAUAUCACCUACUUUCCACUCAAACUCGGUUUCUAACUUGACAUACAGGUUCUCUAUUCAAAUGACAUACUGCAACCAACUAGUAUUACUCUGUAUUGCUGCAGCAGGCUGUGAAGGGUCAAAGUACUUCUAUUUUGUAUUUGGGAGUAGCUUUACUGCUGGUCUAAAAGUUUGUAUACUAAGUAAAAGAAAAACGUCUCCCCUUUCCCCCCCAAAAAAAGUUCCUUUAAGGUUAGCAGGGAAUUUGUUAUUUCUGUACUUGUUCACGCUACCCUCAAACAUAUGCACAGGUUUGUCUUUCCAUCCCUUUGUCUCAAGUUGAAGUUUAGAGUGGCUUUUGUCAGGAAGGGAGGCCUCGGCAUGGUGGCUGGAAAGCGAAAGACGGGAGUCUAUAAGGUAGCUGGGCUCCAAUCCCUUUUCCAACUUUAAAGUCCCCAUUGUGACGGAAUAUGGGGAAGCUGUGGCUUCCUAUUGUUAAUGGAGAAGCUUUUACUUUCUGAGUUUGUGGCCCAUUCUUCAAAACAAGAAAUGAAUUAAUAUGCAGAAAGUAUAAAGAAUCAGUGAUGAAAGGUGCCACUUUAUGGUUAGAAUGGUCAGCUGAGUGUUGCACGAGGAUGGUAUUUUGGUUUAAUAUGUUUGAGGUUGGAUUUUUCACUUAGUUAUGCAAAUACUGGUUUUAUUUACCAUUGAUUUCCCUCCUGUGGAUUAAAUAACUGAGGUCUAGAAGAAUUAACUAAUGCUACUGAACUGUUAAAUUAUUUUGUGUUAAUAUUACACUUUUGAGUACCUUUUUUUUCCACAAGAUCUGUUUCUGAAUUACAGAUGUUUUCUUUACAUUAUUUAACAAUGUACACUGUAAAAAUAAAAUAAAAGAAAUUCAAACCUUGGGCUUCCCUGGCCGUAGUUAAUGGUAUGUUUUGCACUAAAUCCAGGCAUUGCGCUUCAUGUACAAUUGCGCUUUGUGCUGCAGUUUGUUACCUUCUUUGUAGAUAUUUAAUGAAAUCAUUCAAAUAAACCAAACCUGCUUUUGUUGA